AGUUGGAACGCAGGAGUGAAUCAAAACAGUCGACGGACAAAUGUCAAACACUCGCAUACUGUACGGAUGAAUGCAGAAGUUAAAUAUAUGCAGAAAAUUUACCGAGAAGCUUGGCUUCGAGGGAGGAUUUUCUGUCAAAUUUUAACGUUUGUAUCUUAAGCGGCCAGCUGUUGGUCGUUAAAGCAAAUUACAUGACUCAAGUUUUAGUGCUACAAGCGCUGAAACAUUAAAAACUUCUAAACUUACGAUCACAGACGAAAAGUUUGACGCGAACCCAUUAUAAAUUGUCACAAAUUUAAUCAAUAGCUUGAAGGGGGUGAACGUUAAAUAGUUUUUUUGAUCAUCAGUUAGCGGCUAAAACCUAGAUUGCCAGAUCGUGUUAAUAGACAAAGCUCGUUUAGAGUUAUGAGGCUAAGGUUUUAUCAUUCUGUAAAUAUUCUUUGUUUACUACCAAACGGGAAAAGCAAAUAAAACCCAUGUCCCAUUUUACCCCACCCUAUAAUGUCCUAAGUUCAUUAGCACAUUUAAAUCCAAGCAUCAUAGACCUUGGUUCGUAAAGUCCAGAUAUUACUAGUAAAGCUUUGAUGACUAUUAAUAAUCCCCUGCCAUUACGAAAUACGAGCCCAGCAAUACCUCAUGGGUAAGCGCACACUGUUGGCAAUACGACCACUAUACAAAUAUCACGAAUUCGUUCUAUUUCGCUCAUAACAAGUGGGUGUGUCAUCCUGCAGCAGUAGCUGUUUACUUUCGCACGAUCCACCCAGUAACCAUCUGUUCAUGCUCAAUGCCUUCAAAACCACCCAAUCUAUCACUUGAUUUUGUUUAUAUUAGCUUUUGGGUGGCGCACAUUCUUGGUUUGGAACCAUGAAAGGGAAUAUGGCCUUGUCUACUUUAGGAUAUCAAUCUUAAUGCCGCAGUAAACCCGCAAGGUCCAAGUGUAUUGCGAAAUACGUCGAGCUAAAUCGCGAAGACGACAGGUAUGCUAUUAAAUUUCUUAAACCAGAAGCGAGGAAUGCGCAUUAAAUAUUCUAUAUGGGUAAAAUCUUACCCAAGCGCUUACUUAGAUUUACCCAAGAUUAGACUUUAGAGUUUGCAAACAGAAACGACAGAUUAAUGAAAUAUUACCUGAUUCUCCUAAAAACUUGAGGUUGAAUGACGACUAAACACAGACGGUGUAAAUGUUUAAAUAUUAAUAUGGAAACGUCCUGUUUUUCUGACUUUGUGUUUGAAGCCAUAAAUUCUUAAAACAUUUUGGUUACAACCCGUUUGGGGCGUUUAGUAUUUUGAUAAGUAUGUUUAUACAGUUUUUAAUAAUUUACUAGCGGUUAUGAAAACACACACGGUAAUUUUUCCGACUUAUCUUUUUUUCUUAACACAAUAUGUCUCACCCUUGGCGUUUUUCCACGAGCAAUGUGAGGCAAACUAGACUCUCUGCGUCCAACUAGUUGUAUAAAUGUGCUGAAUAUUAACCUGCAAUAUACAUGUGUGUCAAUUUAUUUUUGUACAAGAAAUACACAUAUUCUCGUUACGUGGCAAUUUUAUUUUUGCACUAUUUAUAAAAAUACAGAACUUUGUGAAUGACAGAACUCGAGGAGACUUUCGAAAGCACGAACCGUUGUGGACGGGGAAGAUUAGAAUUGUGUUUUGAUUGGUGGAGGUUGACACGUGGUUUUAACACGCGGGCAACCCUAUCUUCCCCCUUGCCUUUCUUUUUGAGUUUGACUGUCGUGGUGUUGGACCGUUGGUACCGUAUUAUUUUUACGGUGUGAAUUUUUAAGUAUUGUUGCUUGUUACUGGGGGCACAGGGCUUGUUGGGCAAGCAAUCAAAUAUGUUGUGGAAAAUGGGUCUGGUAGAAAGAAUGAGAAAUGGAUUUUUGGCUCGAGCAAGGACGCAGACCUUACAGACCUUGCAAGCACCGAGGCAAUGUUCUUGAAAUAUAAACCAACCCAUGUUAUACAUCUCGCAGCAAAAGUGGGAGGACUUUUUGGAAAUUUAAGUGCAAAUCUAGAGUUUCUCCGAAAAAAUAUUGCAAUAAAUGACAAUGUGCUGGCAAUGGCACACAAAACAGGGGUUCAGAAUGUUGUAUCUUGCCUCUCAACUUGUAUAUUUCCUGAUAAAACAACAUACCCCAUCAAUGAAACUAUGGUGCAUAAUGGGCCACCACAUGAUUCUAAUUAUGGGUAUAGCUAUGCCAAGAGACUGAUUGAUAUUCUUAACCGUGGUUACAACAACGAGCAUGGUCGUAACUACACCUCUAUUAUUCCAACCAAUGUGUUUGGUCCUGAAGAUAACUUCAACAUACAACAGGGCCAUGUGUUACCUGGCCUUAUUCACAAGAUUUACUUGGCAAAGCUGGAAGGCAAACCCUUUACCGUUUGGGGAACGGGGAAACCACGAAGACAGUUCAUCUACUCUCGUGAUCUUGCACGUCUCAUCAUAUGGGUCCUCCGGGAGUACAAGGAGACGGAACCUAUCAUCCUCUCAGUUGGUGAGGAGAAUGAAGUGUCGAUCAAAGAGGCGGCCGAACAAGUUGCCAUAGCAAUGGACUUUAAGGAGGGUUUUCUUUUUGACACAGAUAAAGCUGAUGGUCAAUACAAGAAAACUGCCGACAACACUAAACUAAGGAAGUAUCUUCCAGAGUUUCAAUUCACCCCGUUCGCCCAAGCACUUAAAGAAACAUGCGAUUGGUUUGUUGAAAACUACCAUCGUGCUAGAAAGUAAAGCCAAGUAUAUAACAGUGGAGAAAAUGAAUGUUGCAUAUAUGUAUAUACUGGUUAUAAACCAUUUUACAUUUGCCAAAACUUAAAAUUUAACAUAGCUGCUAAAAAUGGUUUCCUCGUGACAGAAAAAAAAGUUAACAGAAUGGCAAUUGUAAAUUUAUUAAUAUGCAGAUUGUAAGGACUGUCAACUAUUAAGUAAACUGCUUUCCCUUCGAUAUAUUCCUCUGUUCUUCAAUUUGUGUUUAACUGUUGCACUAGUUGAAUUUAUGUUUAACUGUUGCUGUAAUGCCCAUGUCUGUAUUGGGUACCGUAGAAAAUAUUCUCACAUUUUAAACUUUGUCUUCAAUUUUUUUUUAUUAAAUAAGUAACUGUUUAUCGAGUAUUUUCUGUACCGUCUUACCUAGUUAUUUUGAUAGAGAAAUAUCUACAUAUGUAUACAAGUUUAUAUUUCAAUACACAGGCCUUUACCAA